AUGACAGAGCCUCACAUAACGUCCUCCUGCAAGCCUGCGAACGACCCUGGGCGCCUGAAGAGAAAGCGGCCACACGACGACCAACAUGGCACAACAGCAGCCACUGACAAGCGUACCAAUACUUUGCAUUUCAAAGAUUUCAACCUCCCCAUCAAGGAUCCAUCAAGACAUACGAGUGGCAGGCUCUGUACAUCUCCCCACGACGACAGAGCACACGAUGCGUUCAAGGCAAAGAUCCUGGAAGAAGACAUACAACGCGAAGCGGAGGUAGACAAAUGGCUGGAGCAGGUCACCCCACGUCUGGAGGCCGGCGAGCAGAUACCGAUUGGGAGCCUUGGCAACACGAGAUGGCAUGUAGCCUGCCGCGAGUAUUGGGAGCAAUACAUUGGCCCGGACCACUGUUGGAUUAAUCCCGAGGAUGGACGAAUGCUCGUAUUCCAGAAAAAAGCACCGGGUGUGAAGACCACAAAGCAGCAAAUGGUGGUGGACCAAUUCUGGAUGAAGCAAAGCGCCUCACCUGGUAUAGCUACGAGUCAUCCCUUUGAGAGACCAGAAUAUGCAAGCUUAGACCCCGUGAUCGUGAGCCUAAGGUACACUGGGAGCGAUCUGAAAAUAUGGUUCUUGGGUAAUGGGUAUGCGAGGAUGGAAUGGAAUACUACAUUCCUCAUGGGCCAGGUGGGAAGGCUGAUGAAACCGGGAAGGCUAAUGAUGUCCUGUAUACAAGAGGACACCGAUGAACAUGACUCGGGAAGCGACGCUACUGAAGAAUCAGACUCUGAAGAAGAUGAAGAAGACAACGAAGAAGAAGACGAAGAACACACCGGCAGCGAAGAAGAAUGGAGUCAUGAAAGCGACGACCUGUAUUGCAGAAACUACAGCAACGGCAGCGAAUGCGGAUGCGAAAGAUGCCUUCGUACAUGGGACGAUAUGUCUGAGAGCGAUUUAUACGACGAUCGCCCUGAACCACCGGGGAUGACUCAGGCCAGGAUAGACUACGAAUUUCGGAGGUUCAUGAACCAACGGGAACCGGCACCAUGGGAUAAGUAUGCGUGA